AUGGCGAGGUUCGCAGCGCAGGCGGCACGCAUGGCAUCGCUGGCGGCGAUACAGGCAUCGUCGGCGACGUCGCCGAUAUCAGCGGAAGUAGCGUUGGCAGCCAAUGAAGCGGCAGAGGCGGCGACCAUUGCGGCGGAGGCGGCGAUGGCGGCGUCUGCGGUGCCUUCUUCAGCUUCAGCAUCGGACAUACUUUCCGCGGCGGCGGCGUCUGCGGCGGCGGCGUCCGCAGUGGUCACAAAGACGGAAGAAGUGGUCGCGGACCUGGAGAAGUUACUCUCCAACGGCUUCAUGACAGAAGCUGACCGUGUGGAGAUACAAUACGCCCUGAACGUGGCGAAGAUGGCGGAGGAAACGGCAAAAAUGGCGCAGUCGUCCCUGUCGGCAACGCAGAGCGCGAACUCUGGCUCGGCGUCGACGCAGGCGAAGGCGGCUAAGUUGGCGGCGGCAGCGGCAGCGGCGGCGGCAUCGAGAGUGCCAACGUCAGCCACUGUCUGA